AUGGUCGAGGCAGCGGACGACUCGGAGAUCGAUGCCGCAACACACUGGAUCCACCAGUCCACUAGCCUGCAGCAGUCGGCGCUGCCGCCCGGUGCCCGCCCGCCGCUCGGCAGCCGCCCUCCGCCCCUCCCCCGCCCCAAGGCGCGGCGCAGCAAGGCCACCCGCGGGCCCAGCAGCUGCAGAAGCAGCCCCUGCAGCAGCCCCAGCCAGCAGCAGGACGACAGCGACUAUGAGGACGCCGUCAGCGAUGCAGACGCGGAAUGGGCAGCGGCUGCGGCAGCGCUGGGCAGGGCACCGCCAGAGGCAGGCGCCGACAGCGGCAGCCACCAGGCUGAUUCGCCCGAUGCCCCAGCGUACAAGCGCCGGCGGGGCAGCAGCGGCAAGGCCGUCAAGCUGCGCAACCCCGAGUACACCGAGGAGGAGCUGGCCCGCAAGUCCCGCAAGCGCCUGCAGGACAAAACGCUGAAGUCGUAUGACAGCCACCUGCGCAAGCUGGAGGCCUUCUGCAACAUUCAAGGCUUCACCCUGGCAGCAGCGCAGGACGCGAUGCAGGUGGUCACGAUCAUGGCAAAGUUCAUUGCCUGGGUGGCGAACAACAUGCCUUGCUUCAACUACAGGGGGAAGAAGGAGUCCAUGUCAUUCGGCCUGCUACGCGCCGUCCGCAACGCGGCUGUGCUGAAAUACAACCAGUUGUGCAUCAGCAACGGCUGGUCUGAUGCCAGGGAGCUGAUGGCCACACGCGAGUUCAAAGUGGAGUUCAUGAACGGCUGCGCCCUGGUGCUGCCCAAGAAGGGACGGCCGGUUGGUGACCCCCAGAAGAACACAGCGGCAGAGUCGCUGACGGAUGAGGAGGUCAUGGCCUGCUUCCACUGGUGGCUCAGCCAGGGCGACAUCGCCUCCACGCGCGACUGGGCCGCCAACCUGGCGUGCCUGAAGGGCAUCGGCCGCAGCGACGACACGCUGCCUGUUUACCUGGCAGACCUUGCGGCGCCUCGGCCGCAAAAGGUCAUUGGCGAGGCCGACUGCCUGGUGCACCGCACCGUCCUGCGGGGCGGCAAGCGCACCGCAGCAGGCGAGGUGCAGUGGUACGACUGGAUCCCUGCCAGUGAGCCUGAGUUGUGCCCGGUGACGGCGGAGGCGGCGUACCUGGCCCUGAGAUUCGAGAUCCAGCAGCAGCCCGUCCCCGACAUCAGUACCAAGGACGGCCUGCUGGAGUUUUGGUCCAUGCCGCUAUACCACGGUGCCAACUUCACCGCCGCCCUGCACUACGAGGCGCACGCGGCCGCCGUCACCAAGGCCGCCACCCUGUACUAUGAGGGCCACAACGGCUACCCGGCGUGGAAGGACAGGGAGGAAGAGCAGGAGCAGGCCAGCCAGCGCGGCGAGCUGGGCCCGCAACAGUCAUGGCGGUCAGGCCGACGCAGGACCUGGCACCAGUUUGUGAGGGCGAUGCAGCUAGUGGAGGAGGUGGCGAAGAGGGAGCAGUGCACCCCCAUCCAGGCGGCCAAGCUGGUGGACCAGUGCCUGGAGGCACGGCAGGUGGGCAAGGCAAGGAAGAAGAGCUUUGCUUGCCUGGGCCGCUCAGACAAGGCAGAAUCGGUGCGUCAAAUGCUUGGCCUGCCGGCCAAGCCGGAGAGCAGCUGA